AGCAGUGUCCCUGUUAAGGAAGGCCAAGCUGUUAUUGUGUCAAGAGUAGAAUGUAAGAGUCUGGCUCAGGCACGGUCCUGGCUCAUGUCAGCCACGGAGGAUUGGCUCUGGAGUGCCUGUACACGAUUAGCUCUCUGUGCAGGUGUCCGGAGACAGCCCUCCAGCUCAGACAUCAGGACUAGGAAAUCGUUCCUCCUUAUAUAGGAGGGAAUUUCCCGGCUUGCUGACAUCUUCCUCACGUCCACAGACGACAAAUUCAGUCCAGGACCUGAGAAAUGCUUUCUCUCAGAACACAGACGUGUACUCCCACACACACAGUCUUAUGUUUUUAAUAAACACGUUUUGUAGUUAGGAGAGGAGGACAAGGUUUCAUGAGGAUUCCAUAAUCGGACUGACACGCUUCUGAAGUUAUUCCGAGCCUUGUGCCGGGGUUUCCCCAGCCGAGGUUUUGCCCCGACACACCGCCGCUCGCUCCGGUGGUGACACGGCCGCGCCCGCCAAGCCCGCAGCUCCUCGGGGAUGCGGCAGCCCGCAGCCCGCAGCCCGCCACCGAGCCGUGUCCAGCGGGUCCGAGCACACGGACCAUCACCGCCCUACAGCUCCCCGGCGCUCUCCCCCGCGCACUCCGGCUUUAUAAACUUCUCCCGCCCCUUUUCCCGAUCGCCUCCGCAGUCCCCAGCUCCUCCCCAGCCCUGUGUUCGGCGGCCGCGGCCGAGGCGGUGCCCGCGCUCCGCCAUGAGCUGCGCCGCGCUGCUGGCGCUCCGGGGGCCGCGGCUCCUGAGGGCCGCCGCCCGCCCGCCCCGCUGCAGCCGCCGGCGCAGCGCGGCCUGCGAGCCCCCGGCGGGCGCCGCGGUGCGCAUCGGCUGCGCCUCGGGCUUCUGGGGGGACACGGCGGCCGCAGUGCCGCAGCUGCUGUACGGAGGGAAGCUGGAUUUCCUCGUCUUCGAUUACCUGUCCGAAAUCACCAUGUCGCUGCUGACGGCCGCCAAGGCCCGGUCUCCCGUUUUAGGUUACACUCCGGAUUUUGUCUCCACUGCCAUGGGUCCCUAUAUAAAAGAUAUUCACAGGAAAGGUGUUCGUGUCAUCAGUAAUGCGGGUGGAAUUAAUCCACUUGCUUGUGCAGCUGCCCUUCAGGAGGUGGCAAAGAAAGCAGAUGUUGAUUUGAAAAUAGCUGUUGUUGCUGGAGAUGAUCUGAUGAGUGAGAAAGAGAAAUUAAAAGGAGCUGGUAUCACCGAUUUAGAGAGUGGCAAACAAUUUCCAGAGAAUAUUCACAGCAUGAAUGUGUAUCUUGGUGCAAGACCGAUAAGCAGAGCUCUAGACCUUGGAGCUGAUAUUGUUGUGACGGGCAGAUGCGUUGACAGUGGGAUUGUAUUAGGACCACUCAUUCAUUCUUUUGGCUGGAAUAGGGAUGACUAUGACUUGCUAGCUGCGGGAAGUCUUGCAGGUCAUCUCAUUGAAUGUGGUGCUCAGUGUACAGGUGGAAUAUUCACUGAUUGGCACACAGUACCAGACUGGCACAACAUAGGCUUUCCCAUUGUAGAAUGUUCCUCUGAAGGAGACUUUAUUCUUUCCAAACCACCAGACACAGGGGGACUAAUCUCUUUUGGCACUGUAGCUGAACAGCUGGUGUAUGAAUUGGGCAAUCCUCAGCGCUAUCUUUUACCAGAUGUUACAUGUGACUUUUCCCAGGUUUCCAUCACUGAGGUUCCAGGUUUUGAUGGUGGAGCAGUGAAAGUUUGUGGAGCAAAAGGAUUGCCUCCUUCAACAUUUUAUAAGGUAAAUGCCACUUAUCUUGAUGGCUUCAGAGCUACUGCUGUCUGUCCAGUGGGAGGCCCAAAGGCAGUACAAAAAGCAAAACGCACUGCAGAAGCUAUUCUGCAAAGGACUCGUCUUAUUUUCAGUCAGCUUGGGUAUGAAGAUUACAGUGCAGUUAACAUACAGGUUUUAGGGUCUGAAGAUACAUAUGGACCUCAUGCUAGAAGGAGUAUAGAUGGUAGUCCUCGGGAAGCUGUUAUUUGGCUGGCUGUACACCAUAAACAAAGAGAAGCUGUAGAAAUCUUCUCCAAAGAGAUUGCACCAGCUGGAACUGGCAUGGCCCCUGGCCUCACUGGAAUUGUUGGAGGGCGCCCCAGAGUGUCUCCGGUUUUGAAGCCAUUUUUCUUCUAUUAUCCCAAAAGCAAUGUUCAGAUCAACCUAUUUUUAAAUGGGCAGCAUGUUGAGAUAUUUGAGGAGGAGCUCACAUUUACAUCAGAUGAUGUGGAUUUGUUUGAUCUACCCAAGACUAGCAGUGAGUUGAAAGAUCUGCCAAGUGGUCCACAUACUUACCGCUUAGAAGAUCUUGCCUACACUAGAAGUGGAGACAAAGGCAAUUCUGCAAACAUAGGUGUGAUAGCACGGCAUCCCCUCUACUAUCCAUACCUAAAGAAAACUUUAACUGCUCAAGCCCUGGAGAAUUACUUUCAACACCUUUUAGAGCAUGAGAAACCAGAAGAAGAGCUAGUAACAAGGUAUGAGUUGCCAGGAAUCCAUGGAUUAAAUUUUGUUCUGAAGAAUUCCCUUGGUGGUGGUGGUAUAGCAUCCCUAAGAAGUGACCCACAGGGUAAAGCACUUGGACAGAUGCUGUUGGAUUUCCAGAUUAAAAAUGUUCCUGAUUUAAAAUCACUGAUAGAAUAACAGGUGUUUAAUAUUUAACACUAUGUGGUAUAAAAACAUGUUAUAAACAAGAACUGGCUUCUUGAAUGAAUUUUGAUUUUUUAAGGUUAAAGAGUAGAAAGUUGACAGUUACUUCUCAGAGGCUUAGCUAUAUGGCACAGAUUAGCAAAUAUUUUGAGUAAUACCAGACUAAUAGCUCUGUCUGAUAACAUUUCCUGCUAGAUAAUACAAUGGAUGAAGAAUCAAUUUAUUACCUGCAAAAUAGAAUUAAUCAAAUUGCAACAUAACAUUUAAUUAUGAGACAAGAUAAUCUUUGUUUCAAGAUAGAAAUUACUUCCUGUUUGGUCCAUCUCUCUUUUCUUUCUCUCAUCCUUUAUUUGAAAAUCGACUGGGCUGCUGUCCUGUCAGCUGUGUCUGUCCUGUGCAGUGAGUGAGGCUGGGUAACCUGCUCUGCACUGCUGGGAAGUCAGCACUGUCUGGUACUGGGGAACAGUUUUCCCUGCUGGGCAAUAAAGAAAAGUAAUAAUUGGUACUGUUAUACAGUGACUGGUCGUAAAUGCUGACCUUUGGUGGUGAUACACCAAACUUCCAGCACUUUGUCUGGUUAAUGACAGACUUUGUUACUACAUUUUCCAAUACCUUUUACUAAUUAAUCCUUCAGUUGAAAGCACUGAAUAGUAGUAAAUUGCAGAUCUUAGUGUGGUAAUAAAUUUGAAGAUGUGGAAAGGGAGUCUGCCCUCUCACUCCUUCUUGUGGUGGUGCAAUCCUGGCAGGGAUGAAGCAGGCCUGGGUGGUUCCAGGGCUAUUAAAUCCUUGAUUUGUGCAGGAGAGUCAUGCCUGGAUUAAGUUGUCUUUUGCAUUGCCCUUCCCACAAGAAGGUUCCUUCUGCUGUGAAGGAAAACUGUGUUGAGUGCAAUGUAUUCUGUCUUUCUUCUGACUCCCAGUUAUCACCUCUCCAUCUCCCUUCCUGCACAAUAUGAUUAGCAUGUUCAAAUUGGGGUACUUCUGAACUUCUUCAUCUCAUUAAGAAGAGACUUAAAAAUCUGUAUCAUACUUCUGGGACAAUAGCAAGGUGGAGAUUCUGGUAACUGUAUUUUCUCUGCAGAAGCUACAAAAAUACUACUCCACACGUUCAGGCAUUUUAUAUUCAGACUUUCUUAUUUUAUUUUGGGGAGAUUGUAUUAAUUGUUUAGUGCUGACAAAACGAGGCAUUACUCAUACCAGAAAAAAUUAUGGAAAUAAGUGGUUUUUUGUCACCAAACCUAUCUGUUAGUUCCUAAAUUUCCAGUGCUGUAUAUCACUGUUACUAAUUUCCUAGCCACUUGCUUGCUAGUAAGGACUAUGCAAUGAAUUGUUCCCACAUUUUCUGUGGUUUUGCUUAGUCAGAUUAAAGGUAUCAUAAAUGAAUGCUUUAUCCAUCUAAACAUUUAUUGCCUGAGCAAAUCAUAGGUACUGUCCAUGUGUACAACAUGACUGUCAGGUUGUAAAAAAUGAGUCAUUACUUCAUUGCAGAAAAACGGCCAAGGUAAUAACUUGAAAGGGAAAAUGGCAUGCAGGUUUUAUUAUGUUUACAGUCACUGUUUGUUAGAAAACUUCCUUCAUAAUUUGGACGCCUGUUGAGAGGAAGUAAAAAAGAAAAAAAUUACAGACCUCAGUAGCAAACCUUCAAGGAUAAAAAGGCUACAGUAAAUAUUUGCAGUUCACUCAAUAUGCUGCUUAAGUCACUCUGGAAAUGUGUAUGCAGUAAGUCUCUGAAUAAAAGUGAACAUUUAUAAAAGUAUAAA